AUGCGAAUGUUGGUGUGUUCUUACCGCCCUUGUGUUUUGGGAUGUUUUAAUGCUGUUCGUCGGUAUUCUAUCACAGAGAUGCAUCGAGACGUGGCCUCACGGAUACAUCCAAAACCCACACAGUUCUUCUCUGUUCGUUACUUCUCACUUUCUUCUUCCUCUGUUUCUAAGAGUGAAGAGGAAACUGGAAGAUCUACUGUAGAUGACCAUUCUUCACCCGUAGUGGUAUCAUCAUCAUCAUCAUCAGCCUUGUGGGGACGUGAUGUGGAUGCGCAUAGAGUUAUUUUUGGAAAACCACUUGUUAAGGCCACUACGGUAGAAGAGGUGGAAGAACUAUUUCAAUCUUCUGUUCUUGCACGUACUGUAAGUAAUAUACAAUUACGUCGUUAUUUGGAACAGUUAGCACCGAAAGAUUACGCAUUGGCGAUGGCAGCUGUGCGUGGUGCAGAAAAAGCUGGACUUCGUGUAGACAGUAAAACAAAUGAAAUUCUUCUUUCUAAAUUAUUAGAUGGUGGUCAAUUACGGAAAAGUAUGGAGUUAUAUCAGAGUAUGCUUAAAAAUCGUUUGACCCCAACUGCCAAUACGUAUGCGAGACUUAUGCAUAUGUGUAUUGAAAGGGAUAUGCCUGAAAUGUGUCAGAAAUUAUUUGAUGAAAUGAUUUCUCGUGGUCAGUCUCCUAUAGCAGAGAACUAUGAAUUAUAUAUUGCCUCUCUUGCGAUGGAAAAUCCACCUAAAUGGGAAAAAGCAGUGGAAGUAUUUGAUCAUAUUUCACAGGAUCGACGUGGUACCUAUAUAACUGCAGCGAUUUACAAUUCCCUAAUGCGAGUUUAUCUUAAUAUGAGACCUUUUGAUUGGCGUGUAGUGUAUAAUUGUUAUCAAGAGUUAAGACACCGUAAACCACCUAUUCAAUUAGAGUGGGAAAGUUAUCAAAUUGUUUCUGAGGCAUUACGUAAAGGAAGGGCAGGAUAUUUGCGUCGUUUUUUAACGUAUAUGGAUGCGUGGUUCUCUGUAACCCAUUUUCGUUCAUUAGAUUUCUUAAUAGGUGUGGGAGUUUACGUGGGUUCAAUGUUAAUACUUAAGACGAUAAUCAGUUGGAUAGGGGUAUGGUACUAUAAACGGACAAUUACGUCAGGAAAAGGUACAAAUGAUUCGGUUAUACUGUGA